GUUGUGUAUUCCCCUGUGUAAGUUUUUGUAUCCCUAAUGAGGUGAUUAGUGCAAUACACAUCGAUUACUGAUAAGUUUUUCACUUUAUUAUGCGAUGAUAAUGAACAGAACUCUCAGUGUAUCAACAUCAGAGAACACCGGAACAGCUGUACUGCGCGCGUUACAAAUGUAACAUUCUAUUUUCUCGUAUUUUGUUACAUUUCGUUUCUUUGUGAGAGUUCGCGCCGCGGGGUGUUGUUGUCUUUAUGCACGGGGGGCUUGCUGAUGUGUCGUUUCUCUCACCCUUCUGAGGAAAACUCUCACUUGUUUGUCAACAUAAACGGGGAAAGCUAAUAAAGGCGAGUUUAAGCGAUCAUCGCCGAUUUUUACACCUUUCCCUCCGCUCUCCGUUUUUGCCGCCAGUUAAAGCGCCGGCUGCGCGAGGAGCCACGUGCUCAGGUUUCAGAGCGCGUGCGAAUUUCUGCGAAACUCUUGACUGAGAGAUUUAGAGAUAAUGCAGGAUUCCUCAGUAGUCAGCGGUACUGUGUUAAUACGUUCAGACUGAUUUAUUUGCUCUUCACUACUAUUUAUUUGUCAAACUACCGGUCUACUAGCAAAUUAACCCUUAAAUAUUGCUUUAACACGGGGUGCAUGAGUUAUAAAUCACUCAUAAAUUAGCUAAAGGAGGGAAGUUACUGUUACCACCAUCCUCCUGGGACAGGAUAAGUUAGUUAUAAAAAUAUGCAAGAUCUGCAGGACAAAAACAAUCCCACGUUCCCCAAACUGCCUUCACUUGCAAAGACCAGAACUGCUUUCUGUCUGCAUCCCAAUGUCAUCAGUUCUGUGUCACAGAGAGAUGCUCUCUGUCACCUGCGGCCGUGUUCCUAACGUACCUGCACCUGCAGGUGAAUGAUGUCAUGCCCAGAACUGUCUCCUCAAAAUAAGGAGUUCCUCUUGUGCCCUUUAAGACCCAUUCCAGACGUUCCUCCCUGUGGCCCUAACUCAGCACACACACUUUAUGGACUGGUCUGUGCUGUGCUGUAAAGAACCUUAUUAUUUACCUUGUGUUUUUAAACCGUUAGCUGCCACUUCACCACUCUCUUGUCCCGUAAGAGAGCGGGACCCUCGGUAUGCACAAGAUGAAGGGAGGCCCUGGCCCUCCUGUCCAGGACAUAUAUGAAUUCUCUCUGGACGAGGAGGACCCUAAAGUUUUCCUAGGGGCCAGGAGUGCAAGGGUGGUGUCUCCUGUGGCCGACUACAUCAAGUCGGAGCAUGAGCAAGCUGGCAUGUUCUCCUUGCCGCAGAUGGAGGCAGACCAGGAACCGAUGGAGGCUGUGGUACCUCUUAAAAAGAAGAGAAAGAGAUGCGGCAUCUGUGGGCCUUGUAUGAAGAAGGAGAACUGCGGUACCUGCAGCAACUGCCUAAACCGAAAGAUCGGACACCAGAUCUGCAAACUGAGAAAGUGUGACGAGCUGAAGAGGAGGAAGAGCCCAUGGGAGGUGGAAUAUUUUGAAGACGUAAAAACCCGGUCCAUAAUCCCAAACCUGGCUAAAGAGACUGUUUCUGUGGUGGGUUCAGUGGAUGGCCCCAGAGGAAGAGGCCAGAUGGAAAUUGGGUCCCAUGAUCGCCUGGAUGAAGGCGUGUUAAACCAGGAGCUGUCUAAUGGGCUUAGCAAACAUGCAGCAAAUGAAGAAAAUAGCUGUGAUGAAGAAGUCAGAAGCGUGGCCAGGGAGCAACACCAGCACAACUACCACGAGGGAGCUGGAUGUAUUUCCCAGACAUCAGGCUGGGUCCCUGAGCAUGCUGGGAAGUCAAAUCCUGAAUCUCAGCAGGGUGCUUGGAGUGGCCAAAAUGCCAGUACACCAGUGAAUGAUGUGGAUAUGGAGGAUGCACGAACCCUGGUGGCUUUUUCCGCUUCUGUUGGCUCACUGCCACCUUUCACCAACCGUCAAGCUUGUCAGACACCUAUAGCUCAGCUGUACGAAAGGUUCAAUCAGGAAAUGUCUAAUGGAGGUGAGGAGGCCAGACAGAAAGGUGUGGAUGGUGAGAUGUACCCCCCUGAAGAUCUAAACACACUUCAGGCAGCACUGAGCAAGGCUCGUCAUGGCCACAAGCCACCUAACUGUGAUUGUGAUGGCCCAGACUGCCCUGACUACCUGGAGUGGCUGGAGAAGCAAAUCAAACUGGUGGUUAACUCCCAGGAUAAAGGUUCCUGUAAGAUUUCGGGUGCUCUUCCACAGCCACAUACACACCAUCGUCAUGCCCAAUCCCAGCCUCAACAAUGUGGAGGUAACCCCUCAUGUGUGCAAGACACAAAUCCACAUCCCCAUGUUAACCAGCCCUCUGUUCCUAGACCCUUUGGCCCACCAGCACCUAUUCCCUGCUCCCCGAGUGUUCUGUCCAUAGCCAGGGAAAGAAAUGUUAGCUUGCAAACAGCAAUUGCAAUUGAGGCUCUAACCCAGUUGUCUGCCACUGACCCACAAACUGUUGUUUCUCCAGGCGCAUCUUCACCUGCAAAUCACCAUCAGCAUCUGCCAACCUCCUACCCGCAGAGUAUGCCACAAGUGGUCUCUUCAUCACCUGGUCCUCUUUUGUCCUCCUCUGCUAUGCCACAGUCCAUCCCUCUGGGACAUUAUCCUCAAAAGGAGCUGUCAUGGGAUCAGCAGAGACCUCAGUCUCAGGGUGAGGCCCCUGCACCAAACAUUUUAUCUAGCCCAUCUCACUAUGCUUCCACAUACCCAUCCUCCAAGUCCCCAUUUGCAAGUAUACACCCAUCGACCCCGAAUCUCCGACCCCAGCAGUGGAACCCAGGUACAGGUGGAAGCUGCGAGAAAAGCUCCCCUCGGAACCCAUGGAUGACGGUGAACACUGAUUCCCAGCCUCGUUUUGUUAACCCAUCCCAAGACGGUAGCGACCCAGUGUCCGAGCUAAAGCAGCUCCUCGAAAGCACCGGCGCAAAGUAUACCUACUCAGCCUUCAAGUUCCCACUCCCUCACCCCAGCAUGCAGGAUGGUCGCAAGGGCAGCUUUACUGGGAUGCCUCACAUCAAGCAGGAGGUGGAUGCAAAGGAGUACCUGGGCUCAGGGUGUACCGUCAUGGGCCAGGAGGGGUUGGUAAAUGGCCAGCUGCAGUUCCAGGGCCAGCAGUUUUCCCCGACCAUUAGGCACUCAACUCAGGCAGCACUACAGCAGCACCUUCAUCAUAAACGUAACCUCUUCUCUAAUUCCCCUGCCUUCAAUCCGUUAGCCCCCAUGGCUGGUCAGAACCUUCGUAAGUGGUGGCCACAGACUAUGCCAGAGGGUCCUGUAACCAUCAAACAGGAGCACAAAGAACCCAAAAAGAAAAAGAGCGCUCAGAGUUCUCCUCUUCUCAAGCACCCAGUGGGUGGGCUUUUUGGUCCACUGGGCACACCUCUUCCAAAACCCAAACAGAUUGUUAUCAAGAAGCAUAAACAGAAAGCUUCCCAACCAUCUUUCCUCCCACAGAACCAGAUUAUAGUAUCGAAACCUCCCCUCGUUUCCCCAGGAUGUGCAACAUUCUUAUCUCAGCUUGCUCCAUCUCUACUAGGCAUGGAAGCUGGGCUUCCCCCAUCUCAGGUGGCUGAGAGCCACCCAGCUCCAGCUCAAUCUCAGGAAUCCAUUUUGAAUAGCAGUAGUGCACCUAUCUCUGAAAAUGCUCUUUCUUCUUUUACCCCCGUGUCAGUCCCAGCACCAUCCACCCUAAAGGUGACAGCUUGCUCAGGCCCAGCUGGGUUAAAUGAUAGCAUCCCAACAACCAGUAUCACACCUCAAACCUCUACAACACAGCAGACUCCUUCUCUGACUGGCCUCAGUAACCUAGAUCCAAAAUUCGAAGAGCUUAUUCGUCAGUUUGAGGAGGAGUUUGGGGACACCAUUUCCUCAUCUUCUGCAGCAGAGACCCCAGAGAAUGGCCCUGCUCAGCCAGCGGUGACCGAGUCACAACCAAACUCAGGACAAACCAGACCCGAGUCACCAUCCCCAAAGCAGCCAAAUAACUGCCCUCCUUUUCCCACAAAUGAUUCUGAGCCCAUGGAUGAAGGUCAAAAGGACGUAGCUGAAAGACUGAACGAAAAAACGCCAUGGCCAUCUGAGGAGCUCUGUACUAUCAAACAGGAAAGUGAGGAAUGUGAGGUCGACGUUAAACCUUCUGGGCAGCCCCUGUCUGAAGCUCAGGAUGUAUUUCUGGAGCAACAGCACCCCUUCAUCACACCUUUCUCCCCUCCAGCUAAACGUAUAAAGAUUGAGUCAUCUGGUGGCGUGACAGUGGUCUCCACAACUGCUUGUUUGUCUGGAGACAGAGAGAGGGCCGAUUUGAAUACUCCCACCAAGGAUAUCUUUCCCUCCUCCCCUUCACUUAAUGGUUUUCUUGAGUCACCGUUGCGUUACUUGGACACUCCCACCAAGAACCUGCUGGAUACACCUGGGAAAGAUACCCAACCUGAGUUUCCCACCUGUGACUGCUUAGAUCAAGUCCUAGAAAAGGACGAGGGUCCAUAUUACAAUCAUUUGGGAUCUGGGCGAGACAUUGCUUCGGUCAGACAACUGAUGGAAGAGAGGUAUGGGGAGAAGGGCGAAGCCAUUCGUAUUGAGAAGGUGGUUUACACAGGGAGAGAAGGAAAGAGCUCUCAGGGAUGUCCUAUCGCUAAGUGGGUGAUUCGUCGCAGCAGUGAGAAGGAGAAAUUAUUAUGCGUUGUGAAGCAACGGCCUGGGCACCACUGUGCCAAUACUGUUAUUGUUGUUGUCAUCCUGUGCUGGGAAGGUGUUCCCCGUGCUCUAGGAGAUAAACUCUACAAAGAAAUAACAGAAACCCUCAUCAAAUAUGGCAACCCCACCAGCCGUCGCUGUGGACUCAAUGACGAUCGAACCUGUGCAUGCCAAGGGAAGGACUCAGAAACCUGUGGAGCUUCCUUCUCUUUUGGCUGCUCCUGGAGCAUGUACUUCAAUGGAUGCAAGUAUGCUCGAAGCAAAACCCCUCGCAAAUUCAGACUGCAUGGAGAGCACCCCGAAGAGGAGGACAAUCUCAGGGAUAACUUCCAAAACUUGGCCACACAUGUGGCCCCUGUGUAUAAGAAGCUGGCUCCCCAGGCCUACAGUAACCAGUGUUUAAAUGAGAAGAUUGCUUCAGAUUGUCGGUUGGGUUUGAAGGAAGGACGGCCGUUUUCAGGAGUCACUGCAUGCAUGGAUUUCUGUGCCCAUGCUCACAAAGACCAGCAUAACCUCCACAAUGGCUGCACUGUGGUGUGCACUCUCACGAAAGAGGACAAUCGAAGGGUGGGCACACUCCCAGAAGACGAGCAGCUGCAUGUGCUUCCGCUCUACAAGAUCUCUUCAACCGAUGAAUUCGGAAGCGAGGAGAACCAGCGCCUCAAAAUGCAGACAGGAGCCAUCCAGGUGCUCAGUAACUUCCGUCGACAGAUUAGAAAACUUCCAGAACCUGCUAAAUCCUGCCGGCAGCGUCGGUUGGAGGCCAAAAAGGCUGCGUCGGAGAAGAAGAACAGGAAAUUGCAACUUGCAGAAACCCCAGAGAAGACGGUCAAGAUGGAGAUGCACCACAUGGAGUCACCCCACCCUCAGCAAGGCAAUAAAGUAAUUCCAAAACAGGAGGUGAAACCAACCAUAAAAAAAGAGCCUGUCGACCGCUUCCAGCCCUUCAAUGGAGCCAUACGUGGCUACCCAGCACUAGGGAACGGCAAGACACCCUCUGAUCCCCGCAGCAUGAACAGUUCAUUCUCAUUCCCUGGUAACUAUGCAAGAGGUCACAUACCAACCAAUGGCCAACCUCCUGCGCAGAGUCCCAUCAAUGGCUUUCACCCAAACCUCCAAGAAAUACGCUAUGGUUAUUACAACUACCCUCCCAGUGCACUUUUUCCUCCUGAGCUCUUGGGAUAUGAUAAUGGAGCCUGGCCUAAAGCUGGAGAAGCCUCUGCUGUACCAUUUGACCAGAAGCCAGAUGUUCAGUGUCUCCAAGCCAAGCUGGCGCAGGCCUAUCCCAGCCGCCCUGGGCAGCCACUGCAACAAAUGGCUGAUGCAUCCAUUCAAGGAUUCCCACACCCUUCCGAGGUUUCCCAAUCUCCUGUUCCACCCAGUCGUGCUCCAUCCCUUGAGCAGACACACCGCUCUACGCCCAUCAUCAAGCAGGAGCCCAUGGAUGUGCCACUGUAUGAUGGCAGAUCGGAUGGGCAAGCUCUAAGCUGCCCCUCCACUCCCAGUACCACACCAAAACCUGAAGGCUGGCCUGGGCACAAACCAAACGGUAGCCUUAUCCCUAAAGGCUGGGAUGGAAAUAUCAGACCGGGUCCGACCAAUUCGCCUUUCACUCCGGACAAGCAGAGGCUUUACCAGCAACAUGAACACCCUCAGUAUCUACAGCAGCAACAAUGGAAUUCCUAUUCCUGCCCUAACACUCCAAUGUCAUCCCCUUCCCCAUCUCCAUCCCCAUCCCUGAAAGCAGGUCCAUCACCUUCACCUUCUCCACACCUGUCAACCCCAAGACAGUGGGGUAGCCCUUCCCCUAGUCCCCAACCUAAAGCAUGGGGUCCUUACGGACCCGUAUGUUACGGCGCUGGUGGCAUAAGGCAAGGCAGUCCUGCUGGUGCUUUCCCUGAUAAAAUGCUCUCCCAAGCAGGUGAGAAUUGUGGCUCUGCACCUUUGGGACUCCAGGAGAAAGCCUGGAAAUCUGGUGGCGGAUUGGCAGCAGGGAACACACCAUCUCCAGCUCCUGAGGGACGCUUGUUUCCCGACGCGCUACAAAAGUCAGAUAAUCAGGCGUGUUGGGACAGCGAGGCAGAGACCCAGAGUGAACGUGACCCCAAGGAGGAAGACGUGUGGUCAGACAGCGAACACAACUUCUUGGAUCCCAACAUUGGUGGAGUAGCAGUGGCCCCCACUCACGGCUCAAUCCUGAUCGAAUGCGCCCGGCGGGAGCUUCAUGCCACCACGCCACUCAAAAAGCCUGACCGCUCACACCCGAGCCGCAUAUCCCUGGUCUUCUACCAGCACAAGAACCUGAACCAGCCCUGCCACGGUUUGGCUUUGUGGGAGUCCAAGAUGAAACUCCUAGCCGAGCGAGCGCGACAGCGGCAACAAGAAGCAGCUCUUUUGGGUCUCUCACAGGAAGAGAUUAAGGCCUACGGGAAAAAACGCAAGUGGGCGGCUGGAUCGGCGAGCCCGUCCCCUGGGCAAACCAAGGACAAACGAGAGGGUGUGGUGACACGGAUGGCGCCCACACAGCAUACCACCACCAUGGUCACAGUUUCACCCUACCCAUCUACACACCUCACUGGUCCUUACAGUCGAUUUGUGUGAACUCUUGUAGACUGUCGCCCCCUGGAGCCAGAGAUGGGAAUAGAAAUGAUAAGCUGGCUCCUUUACCAUUUUGCUUCCCCUCUUCUAGCUCCAACAGCUCUCUCAGGCCACCACAAGGGAGGGAGAAUCGAGGAUGGGGCACUUUUUUCACUUUUUUUUCUUUUACCUCAAAUUUUGACAGCAGUUUGGGAACUCCCCAAACGGACAUGCUGUCAAUGGUGCUCUUGCUCUCUCCAACGUGGGAGGGAUUUCCAUAGCUACCCCUCCUUAAGUGAAUUCGAUUAUUCUAAUUGUUAUUGCUCUAUUAUCAAUAUAAUUACAAUUGCUAUUGUUACUGUCAACGUUGAUAUUACAGGUAUUGUUAUUAUUAUAUUACGAAGAUUACUAUUUUUUAUUUUAAUGUUAUUGUUUUUUCAUUGUUAUUAUGAUUUUUUUUUCUGCCCUCUCUUGACUAAGAGGGACCUCCUUUCUUCAUUCUCGCUUGUUCAUUAUGAACAUGAGAACAAGCUAAUCAGCAUUUUUGUUGCGCUUUUUGCCUCCCCCACCCCCACCCCAACCAACCUCUCUUUAUUGAUGAAGCGCCUUCACAUCAUUGCAAGUCACAUUUCUCUGACUGCAUUAAGGCAUCUUUGCGCUAGUCACUGAACACGUGACCAAGAAAGAGAGGACCAGACACCAGCUUGGGCCUUUCUGUUUGGUGCCACUCUGAUGAAAUCUGUAAAGUUUCUCAUCCCUUCAAAUGGUGCUUAUUUUCAGUCUCGAGUGUCUCUAACUUUGCCCUCACAAUAUGGAGGCAGGUGCUGGACCUGGGUGCUUUUUAGCAGCAGAUGUCAGUCUUGGUUCAGCCUUCCAUUGCGUCACCUGAUUGGUGCUGACUCAUUUGCCUGCAGUUUCAUUGGCCAUUAUUCACUGCCCAUUUUACAUGUUCAGACUAAGGUGCUGAUAGUGCUAGCAAAAAUCCACCUUAAUCGAACCGCCCUAAAGAGCUGCAGAUAACCCACCGUGGGUCUUAGGCAUACGAUUUCCACAAUCCAGACUCGGCUCAAACAGGGAAUUCCAAAACCAUCAACCGAUUUUUAUUGGCUUGAAAUUCUGCUCGAUUCACCUUAGAUGUGUUCAGAUUGACUGUAGAGUGUAGAGUUGAGACUCGGAGCUGCAGUAGGUAAGAAAUUAUGAUAAAAAAAAAGAAUGACUUUUGCCAUUACAGAUGAGUAUCUAUAGAUUUGUAACAUCAGCGUAACUGGUUGGUUUUAGACACGCACCACCGGCUCUGAGUAAACUGAACACGUCUUCCAUGUCCUGAUUUAUCUGUAGUUACCCGUUAGUGAUGAUGAGUCAGAUAUUUUAUUAUCCGCUGCUGGUUACACCCGGUUACACCCACCAGCCUAACGGACAGAGCACAUUUUUUGGAGUUGGUGCUACUAUGAGCCUUUAUGCUCCUGUAAAGUUGCCCCUCUCGUUACAAGCAGCCCUCUUCUCUCUUUUUGCCCAGAGAGAUCACCUAUACCUGGAAUCCAUGGUGCUGAAUGGAAAUGCACACGGUUUCGGCUCAGUGGUUUGUGCAGGUGCAUGCAUAACUACAUAAUGCACGUGUGUGUGUGUAUGUGUGUAUGGAUUCCUAAACUGGUUAGAAUGUAUGUGAAUGCCUGUCUGUAAGCUACAUACAGAGAGCAAUGCAGGGCUGCUGCUGGUUUACACAGGGCUGUAAGAUGCUUGACACUCACAGAGGAGAUCCUGGUGCUCAUUAAGUGGUCCUAAAGCUCUUUACCUCAUGUUGUACAGACACUGGUCCCAGUCACAACAUGCUACAAACACACGGGCGCUACAGACUGCAGGCUUGCUGCCUACAUCCACAUUCGUACCUACCUUUUUAUUCUUAUUUAUUAUAUGAUGAUGAUUAUUGUUAUUGUGAUUGCUGUCAUUUUAUUUUUAUGAUGAUUUUUUUUUUGUUUGUUUGUUCAUUUUAGAGAAAUUGUAAAUAUCGAAGAGAGGAUUUUAUAAAAGCACUUUUAAUCUUGAUUUUAAUGAGGAAAAAAAAAUAAGAACGGAUUAUUGACAACUUGAAACCUAGUUUGUGUUUUAAUGGAAUUUUAUUGGGAGAGAUAGAAAUGUAAAUAGGUAAAUAUUUAGGUAAGAUUAUUUAACUGGUGAGGGAUGAUGGCCUAAUCAUGAAUGAUUCCUGAAUUUUUAGUCUUCAGUUGUCUGUAUGUCAAGCCGUCAACAACAGACCACAAAGCAGGAUGUUUUGUCGGUCUACUCAAGAUACUGCUGUCCUUCCUUUCAUGAGUACUGUACUUACACCAAUACCUCUGUACUACCAUCGUCACCGGAUUCCUUCCCCUGCAUCUGAUCUAGAAACCAUAAACUGAUGGAGAACAACGAAACGAAUGUGAACUUGUUGAAUAAUGUGGUUCGCAAGCAUUCAGGACUCGCUUUUUUCUGUUUUGUAAUGAAAGGGAGUGAAAGUGCAUCACUUUUACAAGAAAAAAAAAAAUUGGCCAUAGAACCGAAAAGAUUAUCAGGUUUGAAAUGUGACAGCUUUCAGUUCAAAACUCUCGGUGCAUCAUGUUAUGCUUAUUAUUUGUGUUUAUUUGAUUAAAUAUUGAGUGGGGCGAGUCUUACAGAGCUCCGAGUCUGCACUGACAUUAUAUUAUCGAGAUUGUCACUUGUUCUUGGAGAUGUGAGAUCUACCCCUGAAGUUUAAGAAGCUGAGUUUCAAGACUGUUCUUGAAGCCCGGUGCAGUUUUAUUCACCCUAAAUGGCUUUUGAACCAUGGUGCUACCCCAUAGAGUUCACUGUGGAGAAGACUCCUGGCAAACACUGUUGCUACAGUUCUUUGGGCUCUUAAAUUGAUAUGUGAACUUGUUCUGAGAGGAAACAUAUGGUGCUGAUCAUUUUUAAAUCUUUUUAUGUAGUUAUUUCUGAAACAACAUUUCUGAUGAUCGCGAUUUAAAAAAAAGAAAAGAAAAAAGCACUCCAACUGAUCCAGUUUCCAUUUUUAGGUACUUGAAGAGCAUGAUGGCAGGCAGAGGAAUAGGUACUCUCAUGCUUUCGAUGUGAAUAGACUGUUAAUUCAAUAUUCUGGUGCUACCUGAACUGCCCAGAGAAACCUUUUUACCCAUUCUGAUUUUGUCAUUUUAUUGGAUAUUCUCAUUCUUUUUUCUUCACUCACAUCUACCUUUUGGCCACGGUGUCACACAAACACACACAAACACAAGACUCUCACAUAUACACACACUACUCUGCCCCUCUAUCAGCACUCACUGCUAAGAGUAUCAAUCAUGCCCAGUUUUAAACAUCAAAAGGACAAAAUGUCUAAAGAAGAAAAAAAAAAAGAAAGAAAGAAA